AUGUCUGGACUCGCCGAUUAUUUGGCCAAGAAUUAUCUCACAGCAGACUCGGAAAAGAAGUCGAAGAAGCGCAAGAGGAAGAACAAGGAUGCCGGACUCAUCAUUGACGACGACGACAGUCUGGGCUGGAAAGACAAGGCAGACGACGACGACGAGGAUGCGCCGAUGAUAGAUUACGCUAUAGUCGGUGGAGGCACACUCAAAAAGUCCAAGAAGAAGUCCAAAGGCACCAGUGCCGCAACAUGGACAGCAGUGGGUGUCGCCGCACCCUCCCAUGCCGAACAACUCGCAGCCGAUGCAGCUGCCGCCGACGCCAUUAUAGCAGGGACCGCUGCCGAUCGCCAAAAAGCUGCUGAAGCCGAGGAUGAAGCACCAGAGAUGGUAGACACAGAUGGCGUCAUGAGGAUGGAGUCUGGCGCAAAGGCAGGACUGCAAAGCGCCGCUGAGGUCGCGGCAGCAACGAAGAGAAAACAAGACGAGGACAAGCGCAAGGCCGAGGAGGUCGCAAAGGAAUUGGGGGGCGCCGCGCAAGAAACCAUUUACCGAGACGCCAGUGGUCGCAUAAUCAACGUCGCAAUGAAGCGCGCAGAAGCGCGCAAGAAAGCCGAAGAAGAGGAGCGCAUCAAGCGUGAAAAGGAAAAGGCAGCUCGCGGAGAUGUACAAAACGCAGAGGCCGAGCGCAGGAAACAACAGUUACAGAAUGCAAAGACGAUGACUAUUGCGCGGUAUGCAGAUGAUGCAGAACUCAACGACGAGCUGAAAGAACGGGGGCACUGGAAUGAUCCUGCUUCAGGCUUUCUGCGCAAGAAGAAGGCUGGACGUAGUAUCACGGGCAAGCCUCUGUACCAAGGACCAUUCCAACCAAACCGGUACAACAUCCGUCCAGGGCAUCGGUGGGAUGGCAUCGAUCGGGGAAAUGGGUUCGAGAAGCAGUGGUUUGACUCGAGAAACCGCAAAGCAAAUAUCGAGAAGCUGGAGUACCAAUGGCAGAUGGACGAAUCGAAUGUUGUCGGCGAACAAACCGCCUACGGCGUCACCGACAAGCCAAUCGCGAUAAAAGACAACAUCUGCACAAAGCAAUUGAAAACUACUGCCUCCUCUGGAAUCCUCAAAGACUUUACCAGCCCAUACGAUGCGACAGUGGUGAAGCUGCUCCAGGAUGAGGGCGCCGUGGUGGUUGGCAAGACGAACAUGGACGAAUUCGGCAUGGGAUCGCACUCGACACAUUCGCAUUUCGGACCGGUGAAGAUGCAGAGAUAUGACGGAGAAGAAACAAGUGUUGGAGGAAGCUCAGGUGGAAGUGCGCUCGUUGUCGCGACUUCGCAAUGUUGGGCUGCACUAGGUACCGAUACUGGAGGCUCGGUACGGCUUCCUGCUGCAUACACGAGUGUCAUUGGAUUCAAGCCAAGCUACGGAUUGAUAUCGAGAUGGGGGGUGAUUGCUUAUGCCAACUCUCUUGAUACUGUUGGAAUAUUUGGUAGGAACGUUGCGGGUGUGAAGCACAUUUUCGACAAGCUCAACAUUCACGACGCGCGUGACCCGACUUCAGUUUCCAAUACCACCCGUGCGAAGUUCCGUGCAGAAAGCCGACCAACUUCACUGAGGAUAGGCGUCCCUCUCGAUUACAACAUUGACACACUAGAACCCGCUGUCCGAAAAGCCUGGCUCCUUCGACUCAGACACUUGUGGGAUCGUGGUCAUACUUUGCAUCCUGUCCGGCUGCCGACAACACAGCAAGCGCUAUCAGCUUACUACGUCCUUGCACCAGCCGAGGCAUCUAGCAAUCUUGCAAAGUAUGAUGGAGUACGCUUCGGCAGUAGAGUACCAGGCAUCGAUGGAACACCAGACAGUGUCCUUUUUGCUAAGACUCGAGGUCAAGGUUUCGGUCCUGAAGUUCAGCGACGCAUAUUGCUUGGUGCUUUCUCACUCAGCGCUCAGGCCAUGGACAACUAUUUCAUACAAGCGCAAAAGGUUCGCAGACUUGUACAACAAGACUUUAACCGAGUGUUUGCGUUGCCAAACCCACUGUUCGAUUCCGAGGUUUCUUUGUCAAAGACUAAGGGCGUGGACGUGAUUAUAUGCCCUACGGCACCAUCAAUGGCGCCAUCAUUGGCUGAAGUCAAGACACAGGACCCGUUGCACUCUUAUAUGAACGACGUCUUCACCGUUCCAGCUAGUCUUGCCGGACUACCAGCAAUCACGCUUCCGACAGCCGCACCCAAUAACGAGGAAAAGUCAGAGAAUUCAGGAUCCCCCGACCCUUUCUUCAAUACCAUAGGACUGCAAAUCAUUGGCCAGUAUGGAGACGACCAACUCGUUCUCGAUACUGCCAAAAUACUAGAGGAGAUCACAUCUACUCCGCAGAACCGUACCGGGCCUGAAGUGGAUGCGUGGGGAAGCGGGGUCAAGUCGGAUACAUAA